AUGUCGCGGGUGAGCGGCGCCGGGGUGGCCGGCGCCCCCGGCAGCGCCAAGGAGAAGCGCUCCCUCAGCAAGCGGCUGUUCCGCGGGCGGGCGGGCGCCGGCGGCUCGGGCUCGGCCGCGGGCCGCUCGCUCGGCGGCUUCAUGAGCCGCGUGCUGAAGACGCUCUCCACGCUGUCGCACUACAGCAGCGAGCCCGAGGGCGGCCGCGGCCCGCACGCCCCCCGCCUGCCGCCGCCGCAGGCCGCCGGCGGCCUGGGCAGCUGCUUCCCGCCGGGCCCGGCGCGCAGCCCCGAGCCCGAGCCGCCGCCGCCGCCGCCGCCGCGGGCCGAGAGCGGCGCCGAGGCGGUGCCCGGCGUGGCGGGGCUGCGGAACCACGGCAACACGUGCUUCAUGAACGCCAUCCUGCAGUGCCUCAGCAACACCGAGCUCUUCGCCGAGUACCUGGCGCUGGAGCAGUUCCGCGGGCAGCCAGGGCCGCCGCGCAGCCCGCCCGCCGCCGCCGGGGCGCCGCCGGCCGCCGGCGAGGUCACGGAGCAGCUGGCGCAGCUGGUGCGGGCGCUCUGGACGCUGGAGUACACCCCGCAGCACAGCCGCGACUUCAAGAACAUUGUGUCAAAGAAUGCUAUGCAGUACCGUGGGAAUGCCCAGCAUGAUGCACAGGAGUUUCUGCUUUGGCUUUUAGACAGAGUUCAUGAAGAUCUAAACAAUGUAGUGAAAUACAGUGGCAUGCCUCCUCUAAAGCCACCACUGGAGGAUGAUGUGCUGCUUGAGGGACCAGCCUUUCCAAUCAGUAGCACUUUUGUGCAAGAACUCUUUCAAGCCCAGUACAGAUCCUCUCUGACGUGCCCUCAUUGCCAGAAGCAGAGCAACACCUUUGACCCUUUCCUCUGCAUCUCUCUGCCGAUUCCUUUGCCUCAUACGCGGCCUCUCUACGUCACUGUGGUGUACCAGGGAAAGUGCUCUCACUGCAUGCGGAUUGGGGUGGCAGUGCCUAUCUCGGGAACGGUGAAUAGGCUACGUGAAGCAGUCUCUUCGGAAACCAAGAUACCCACUGAGCAGAUUGUGCUGACGGAGAUGUACUACGAUGGCUUCCAUCGUUCCUUCUGUGAUACUGAUGACUUGGACACAAUCCAUGAAAGUGACUGCAUUUUUGCCUUUGAGACCCCAGAGAUAUUUAGGCCUGAAGGGAUCCUUAGUCAGAGGGGAAUACAUGUAAACAAUAACCUGAAUAACUUGAAAUAUGGCACUGAGCAAUCCCGUACAAUGUCUUGCUUGCAAGGAGCAGCAAAAUCUGGAAAACUGGAACAGUCCUCUACUAGACAAGCAGCAAAUGAUAAGAUUGUAUUGCUAGUGUGUAACAGAGCAUGCACUGGACAACAGAGCAAAAGAUUUGGCUUGCCAUUUGUGUUGCAUUUGGAAAAAACAAUUGCUUGGGAUAUUCUGCAGAAGGAAAUUUUGGAGAAGAUGCAGUAUUUCCUGCGGCCUACAGCCUGCCUGCAGGUUUGCCCAUUCAGCUUGCGAGUGGUCAGUGUUGUGGGCAUAACAUACUUGCUACCUCAGGAGGAGCGACCCCUCUGCCAUCCAACAGUGGAAAGGGCAUUGAAGUCAUGUGGACAGGGGGGAACUGCUCAUGUGAAGUUGGUGGUGGAAUGGGACAAAGAAACUAAAGAUUAUUUGUUCGUGAAUACGGAGGAUGAGUAUAUUCCAGACUCCGAAAGUGUCCGCCAGCAGAGAGAGCUUCAUCAUCAACCUCAGACCUGCACUUUAUCUCAGUGUUUCCAACUUUACACCAAAGAGGAACAGCUUGCCCCAGAUGAUGCGUGGCGCUGCCCGCAUUGCAAGCAGCUGCAGCAGGGUAGCAUCACACUGAGCCUCUGGACCUUACCUGAUGUUCUCAUCGUACAUCUCAAAAGGUUUAGACAGGAAGGAGACCGAAGGAUGAAACUUCAAAAUAUGGUUAAAUUUCCCCUGACUGGGCUGGACAUGACUCCUCAUGUUGUUAAACGCAGUCAGAGCAGCUGGAGUUUGCCGUCUCAUUGGUCACCAUGGAGGCGACCUUAUGGUCUUGGAAGGGAUCCUGAGGACUAUAUUUAUGACCUAUAUGCUGUUUGCAAUCACCAUGGCACCAUGCAAGGAGGGCACUAUACAGCAUAUUGCAAAAACUCGGUUGAUGGCCAGUGGUACUGCUUUGAUGACAGUGAUGUUCAGCAACUUUCUGAAAAUGAAGUCUGCAAACAGACAGCAUAUAUUCUUUUCUACCAGAGACGCACAGCAAUCCCAUCAUGGUCUGCUAACAGCUCUGUGGCAGGCUCCACAAGCUCUUCACUGUGUGAACACUGGGUCAGCCGUCUUCCUGGUAGCAAGCAACCCAGCAUUGCUUCAGCAGCUUCAUCACGGCGCACAUCUCUGGCUUCACUCUCGGAAUCCGUAGAGCUGACUGGUGAAAGGAGUGAAGAUGAUGGUGGAUUUUCCACUCGACCAUUUGUAAGAAGUGUCCAGCGUCAGAGCUUGUCAUCUAGAUCAUCUGUCACCAGCCCGCUGGCUGCGAGUGAAAAUGGUGUCAGGCCCUCAUGGUCACUUUCCGCAAAACUGCAGAUGCGCUCCAACUCUCCUUCGCGCUUCUCUGGAGAUUCCCCUGUACAUACCUCUGCUUCUACCCUGGAGAAGAUUGGAGAGGCUGCUGAUGAUAAAGUUUCCACCUCUUGCUUUGGCAGCUUGAGGAAUCUGUCUAGCAGCUACUUGGAACCCUGUGAUGGCAGUCGGCGAGAACACAGGACAGUUCGCAGAGCUCCCUUGGCUGUCAUGGAAGGAGCGUUCAGGGAGGAGUCUGUUGUAAGGACAUCCAGCUCAGAUCUUUUAGACAGAUUUAGUAAAAGCUCUGUGCAGGGAGACAGGAAUCACCCUGCUUUGGACCCCUUUGAUAACAACAAUCAAAUUGCCUUUGUUGAUCAGAGUGAUUCUGUGGAUAGCUCUCCAGUCAAAGAAGUGAAAGCCCCCAGUGGCACAGGGCUAACUCCAGAAAAGGCAGAUGGCACCCCUAAGAAGGCUCAGAGCUCUAAGGGAGUUUCUGAGCCAGACAGAAAUUUGAGGAAGGGAAGGACAAUCUUAUCUACCCAAGAGGCCAAAGCCUCUCACUCCUCUCCUCCAUUAAAGAGUUCCCAGAAGGCUUCCCGUUCCAGGAGCAAGAUGGACUCUUCCAGGGCGAAUGUGCGACAUGGAUCUCCUGCUCCAAGUCAGGCUAGGAAGGAGCAUAGCACCAAGCCCCAGGAGGUGGUUGUCCCAUCUCCUCAACAGAAACAAAAGUCAGGUGGUUCUCCAUCCUCCACAGCUGCCAAGAAAACCCCAUCAGGGUCCAUGACUAAGGGCUCUUCUGCUGCAAAGAGCCGGACUUCAGACCGAAGCCUCAGCAGGGAGGGCUCUAAGAUAAGUCUGGGGUCAGAUAAAACGAGUGUUACCAGCAGUUCAAGAACAAGCUCUCCUCGGAUAAGCCACUCCAGGAGUGACGGUAGGGCAGUAGACAGCAAGCAUGUGCGGAGUUCCUCUAUGGCCAACCUGCGGUCUCCAAAUGUUGGUAUGCGUUCUGGUUUGAAGAGAGACAGCAAGUCAGAAGAGAAAGGACUGUCUUUCUUUAAAUCAGCCUUAAGGCAGAAGGAGACUCGGAGGUCAGCAGACUUGGGGAAGACAACAAUGCUCUCAAAAAAGACAGCAGGUAGCUCUUCCAAGUCUGCCAGUAAAGGUGUACUGGAGGACAAAUCAGAGAAAGGUGUCAUCCCACCAGCUUCUCAAACCAAUGCCAAUGUUACUGCAAAAGAAAAGCUUGCCUCAAAAGAUACCACACCCACCAAACAUUCUCUGCUAUCUAGCCGCAAGUCCAAGUCUUCCCAGCUAGAUCCUGGACUCCAGUCUCCUUCCAGUGGCAAGCAGGCUGUUGAGAAGUCACUGAAAAAAUUACCUUCCAGCAUGCAGGUGUCUGUACGGCCUUCUCUGGAACCUCAGUGAGAUGCUGCAAUCCAGGUCUGCAUCGUUGUCCUCUUCCUGUGAAAAGGUGGCGACUGCUCUACACCCUCCCUUGCUCUCCUGUUCUGCUCCGUUCCCUCCUGUUGCUCACAAGACGUACUUCCUGCGUGAUGUCUCUUGCUGCUGUUUGCCAGUGGAUCUAGUUGCUUCCCCUGUUCCUGGGACCCCUUUUGAGCUUGGUCUGGGACCACCGUAUUUUCUUGCUUUGGAUCCACCUUUUGGUUGAGCGGCAUUUCCGCGGUGCAAGUCUGGCUUCCAGCUGGUCCUCUGCAGUCUUGUCCACUGCUCCGGUGUGGGGGAGCUGCUUUUGGCUGGCGCUGAUUUUCCCGGCAGAAGCAGGGCAUCGCGGUGCCGCUGCCCAGGAGCCCUGUGGCAGGACUGCUCCACCAGACUGCUGGGGCCUUGGAGCUGCCUGCUGUCCUGCUCCGAGGUGAGGAAUAUCCCUGCUGUAGCCACAGUGUGGCACAAGCAGUUUGUUCUCCCGCAGAAAUGCCAGCCUGGUGGCUUCUGGGACUACUGACAAAUGGACUUAAAGAUUUUGACGCUGUGGACUCAGUGGAUUUCUGUUCAAAUUACACUGGAAUUUCCUGGAAUUUGUUCUCUGGCAUGCAGUGCAGACCAAAGGAGGGACCUUAGGAACUCUGUACUUAAAUCUUUUGGGUGCUUGUGAUAAUCAUCCUUAUCCUCAGGGGCUUCUGCCUGUGCCCUCCCCACUCCUGCCCCAACAGGACCUUUCCUUGUGAAGCCCCUGCGGCUGAGCGAGGAGCUGCAAGCAGUCCCCUGCUCGGAGCCAUGCAGGACUUGGAUGCCAAAGAGGAACUUGCCCAGGAAAAGAAAGAAAACCCAGGAGGGCCAGCCCUAACUCCUGAGUGCUGGGGAAGGGAGGAGAAACACUCUCCUACCAUCUUUCCUCCUCCUAAUUUUCCCUGACCUGUCUCUGCAGACCAAGGUGUCCUGCUGAUGUCUGUCCAGGAAGCUCUCCUUGUGACAUGUCUGGAGAAUGGGAUGCAGUACCUGGAUGGAGCCUUGCUUAUGCUGGUAACUGCAGGACUCCGGCUGGACCGUGCUGACGUCGUCUCGUGUGGGUCCCAUGGGUUCCUGCUCUGUUGCUGCAUCUGUGUGCCUGCUUAGUGCCAGGAUCAUCCGUGCUCCGACCCGCCCUGCGCCCAGGCUGCCGUUGGAAUGCCACGCACAACUCUCUCUUUACGUUCUGAUAUUCUGUUAGCCUUUUUUUAAUGGUUCUUUGUCGAACUGAGGCUUAAACUGUGUAAGAUGGGUAGAAGAUUUAAUUGCGUGCUUGUCUAACUCUGCCCUAAUUAAAUAUUGUUUUUCA